GCGCUUUACAUAUCCAGUCAUCCACCCAUUCACACACACAUUCACACACUGGUGAUGGCAGCUACAUGUAGUUACAGUGUAGCUCAGUGUGUGUUGAAUUAACCAAGUGUUUCUACUUUAAUCUUAGCUCUGUGUUUGGUCUCCACCUACUCGUGUGCAUACCUGUGCAGCUGCUAAAGAUUUACCAGUUUUAACUUCUAUGCCACCCUGGGGCGCACUGACAGAGGCGAGGCUGCCGGACACUGGCGCCACCGGGCCCUCUGACCAGUUAGUGCACCAGAGAGCUACGACUGGGCUAAGGAGGACAACACCUGAGCUAACAGACGCUAACCACGACAACGCUAGCUCCAGCAGCAAUAACCCCGUCUGCCCUCCCUCUCCCCCACCGCUAGUCAGUGCAGUUACCAUGGAGAUGAGCUCAUCAGCACCGCUAAGAGACAUAGAAAGAGAGAGCCUUUUUAGCUGCUACAACCAGGAAGAGGACCAACUGUGUCUUCCUGGGGUCCGUAGGGUGGAAGACGAGGCUGUAGGAGGAGAAAAUAGGAAAGGAGAUGAGUGUGACUAUCUCAUUUUUGAGAUGGGAGAUGAGAAAGGAAGAGACCUCAGUGAAAGUGAAGGAGGAGAGGAUGAAGGGAGAGGGGAAAUAGAGGGAGAAGAUGGAAACGAAAGAGAAACAGAGAGUGAUAGCUGGGGAAGAAGAGAGACAGAGGGAGACGAUGAAAGCAGAGAGAAUACAGAGGGUGGAGAGGUGGGGGGUGGAGAAGAGGGAGAAGACUCAGGAACAAAAGAAGAGGAUAGCUGGAUCAGAGGAAUAGAGGAAGAGGCAAAAGAAGAUGUCCUUUCAGAUCUCCUCUUCCCCUCAAACAGUCUGCUGUAUCCUUCACCAUCUGAGCCACUAGGCGCCACCUCACAUCCUCUGGAGGCCGUGUCACAAGAAGUUUGGGGUCCCGACUUCACAAUCAGGGAUGACCUCAGUGACAGCCACCUCAGUGACUGCCUCCAAGCAGAGCGUGUCAUCGUGUACUCAGACAGCGAUGCAGGUGAGGACCAGUGGUCAGCUUUUGCCCCCUCUGACAUCACCAGCCAGAUCGAAGAGGAGAGGAAGAAAGAUGCAAGAUUUGAAGAAGAGGAGAAGGCCAAAAGAGAGGAAGAAGACAAUGAAGUCAAAGCAGAUGCAAAAAAUCAAGCGCAGAAGAGAGAGGUGGAGGUGGAGGAGUACAGGGUGGGAAGAAAGGAUGAUGAUGAAGACCAGAUGAGGUUGAGGAGAGAUCUUUUCCUACGGUCUCCUUCAGUCAGCUCCACAGCGAGCUCCACAGACCCUGACAAGAAGGUCCCUGUAGAUUUCUGCGUGCAUGAAGAGACCCAAAGUGAAAAUGUCUCUACUGAGCAUGUGGACUUUCUUUUGGCCCGUCAGCAGUGGAAGAAGAUGGAAGAAGAGGUCAAAGGUCAGCCUAUCCCAAAACCGGGACUGAGAGCUCAGGGGAGCUUCCAGGGCACCCACUCCUCACUGUAUCCCCCCACUCGCAGUCCCCGGCUCAAACACAGGGAAAUUCAAAUCCCCAUGCCCAGGGAACCUCCUCUGUCCUCCACCCUGUCCCCUAGCUCAGAGGACUCAGGUCUGGAUGAUUCGUCAUACCGCAGCACCCUGGAGGAGCCUGAGACUGCAGUGGAGAGAGAGAUCCGAUUGACUCUAGAGAGAGAGGAACGACACCGCAGGGAGAGGGGGAUGAUUGCACAUGGCCUCCCAAUACCCAGGCCAUCCAGCUUGCAGACAGGACGAUCUCCACCCAGACCUCCAGCCUGCCGCACCCCGACACUCUCCAUCUCCCCAACUCCUUCCUGUUCCUCGUCCCUUCCCCGAUCUGUCUACCAUGAAAUGACAGCUAACAAUGUCAUCAUCCUGGAGCCUGAUUCCUCUAGCCCCGCCUCCAGGAAUCGUCUGCUCUCUUCUGCAAUCGGCGGCCUUUCCGAUUGGCCAGCAAAUUCAGAUGCAGUGCCUUCCGCUAAUGUCAUUGUUGUAGAAACCUCCAAUCUGAUCAUUCGCAGUGCGUCUGAGUUCUGCCUAAGCUCCACCCAACUGUCCGUGGAACCGCAGGAGAGCACCUUCACGUCAAAUCCUUUUUUCAAGCUGCGCUCACUCAGCAGCCAGUCACUGGUGGAGCAAGAGAUCAGGAUGGUGAGGCAGAGGGAGGAGGAGUGGAAAAGGCAGAGGGAGGAGAUGUGGAGGAGGAAAAGAGAGGAGGAGUGGAAGAGAGGGAGAGAGCGGUACGAUACUGUUUUGGUGUCUCCGGGUCUGAGUGAUAAUGUUACGUACAACGUGUCAGUGGUUCCAGACAGAAGCGUCUCCUCCCCGUCAUCCCCCUCCAGGACCCGCAAAAUAGAGCGAUCCAGUUUGUCUUGUGACCACAAGUGGUUCAGCUGAGUCUUCCCCUCCCUCCAGUUCCCUCCUUCCCUCUCUUCAGUGCCUCGACAGCAAAAUGCCAUGGCACAACGAUGGGAGGCCUCCCUACUAGCCAAUCAGAAGAAGUAAGCAACGGUACUGCUCAGCUGUCAGACAUUGUAAAAGCGAAAAUCAAGUCCCCUGCCUGUUUCUUCCUUAGUUUUGCUCUCAGUCAGUCCCGUGUAUCAGCAGCCAAUGUGUUUUACAACAUUUGUCAGAGCUAUGGGUUAUAGCUCAAAUGUGGGUUUUUCACCUGGACACCACAGAAGAAGAGAACUGUUUCUCGGUUUCAAUGAUUUCAGUAAUUUACCUGAGCUGGUUUUCUCACAAUGUCUCAGUGGCUUUAAAAGUCAGACUAUCUAAAAGAGUCCGACACAUUGGACCUGCCUGUAACGUCACUUUUUCCUUUAUAUAAUAAUUCCUGUGGACAGAUUACCUAAAGCUGUAUAACAAACAUAAGUAUAUAUAAGUCUUAAUCUGCAGUCAUGCUAAUCCCACUGGUUUUAACAUGUGAUAUUUAAUGUGAAUUUUCACAUUUUAACAUUUGUGAUUUUCUCCUCGAUAUAUGAUAUUUACAGCACUUUGAUAACUAGAUAUGGCUGAGCUAAGGCACUAGUAGAACUAUUUAUUGACAUCUGUUUUAUGUGAAUGACUGACUCGAAUGCAGUGAUUUUCAAUUUUACUUCUUGGCAGUCACAUGCUCGAUUUUAAUGACUUUAUAUGUGAAAAUAUUGUAGCUAUGCAUUGCAGAGAUGCAGACAAGAUGUUGCAUGUUGUUUUCUUCACAAUAACAGUUCAUGUAUUUUAAAGGUGCCACGCCAAACUUUGAAAAUCACUGCCUUAAUGAAGUGUUACAAUGAGCCAUUGAUCCAAACAGUUUGGAUGUCCCAGGUUUCCUAAAGAGCUACUUUUGCUUCUUUGAUGAAGGUCAGCUGUUAGCACAGGUUCUGAUCAGUGUGUUAAAUAUACACUCUACCUUCCUUUAGGCCCUUAUUGGCACACGUGUCAUUUUUGAGGAAAGCUGUUAGUGUUUUAAACAGUUUAGGUAGCUUCUGUUAAGUGGCUGCAUGAUCUCGAUGAGAGCAGCUCAUAAAGGGAAAUUUGCCCUUGCAUGAUGGAUCCUCCCCCUUUAGUUUUAAACAUUAAUAGUUUGCCUUUGGCAUCCACACUGUAUUGUUUUCAUCCUCUCAGUAGUUGGCCUACAGCCUUUUUACUUUAGGAACCAAAAGAAAAUGUGUAAUUUCUGCUCUGCAACCUGUGUUGUUGUGUGUGCCACAGGCUUUUUUCCAUCAUGAGCCUAGCUAUCCCCCGAGAGUCCAAGGUAUAAGGACGGAGUCUACUCUUAUCUAGACUGUAGAUAAGUUAAUUAGUUUAGGUUAACUUCACACCAUCAUACAAAAAAUGGACAUCAUAGAGCCUGUGUUUCAUCCUGAAGUAAAGCAAAUAAGGAACAAAGAUGUAUCUCAGGAAAAGGAUUACUGUGCAAUGGAACUGAAGAGAAGUGAAAAAGUUAAAAGAGGACAACAGUUAUUCGAAUAUGUUGCCAGAUAGCUUGUAGCUAAUGCCUCACCAACAACUUCCAUCUAUAAAAUGGAUGAAAGAUCUCAAGCUGAAACAAACGUUUGCACGGCUGUGUCCCCGUGCUGUUUGAGCUUUAUAAUCAUCCCCAGACAAACACGCUUCUCUUGGAGUGAUACAACCUGGCCAAACCCUGUAUGGCUCCACAGUUAUGGAGGCGAGGGCUCGUCAUAGCUCUGACCACAAGAUCUAGUCAAUAUUUUUACAGAUUUUUAUCGCCUGUCUUGAUUCUUACAAAGAGAGAUUUAUCGUAUUGUAUUUUUGCUGCAUAUAUUUAUGAACUGAGCAGUGCUUAUAAAUUCUUAAAACUUUUAUUUGUAAAAGGUUUAUAACAUAUUGUGAUGGUAAGAUUAUUGAAAACUUUCGAUGUUUUUUAGAAGCUGAUAUUUCCGUGUGGUGUGUGCGUAUGUGCACGAGUGCAUACCAAUCCAUCCUCCUUACACAUGGGACUUACACAUGAGUGGCUCUGGCUUCUGCAGUAUGACUCCAGAGUACGUCCACUAGUUUGGAUAAAAGGUGCGUUCAAGUCAGCUCAGGAUGCAGGAUUUCUCUGUCACGGGGAACAACACCAGACAGGAAUGCAGCAGAUUGUUUGGGAUCACUUUAUUUUAGCUGUGCUACACUGCAGUGUAUUACUGAAUAAACUAUAUUACAGUAUCUCAAACUACCUAGCUAAACCUGCGAGUCACUGUGCAACCUGAAGCUAGAUCCACAGCUCAGUAGAUUAUAGUAGUUUGGCUUACCUUUUCUUUACCUUCUGCCCCACCUUCCUAAUAUUUAAAUCCUACAUUUACAACUUUUUAUGACAAUGUUAAAGUAAUACUACUUUUCAAGUGCUGAAGGUGUUGUUAGAUACUAUAAUUAGCUUUGUAUCCACACUAGGUGUUAUAGUUUCAACUUGAAAUUGAAGGCGACGCUUUAAGUACCUUAAAUAGAAAGAUUGCUAACAGAAGGCUGCAAAAAAACUUUCCCACUGAGUAUUUUUCACCAGCCACUCUGAUCAGUAUGCUGGUGGUCAUUUUUUAAAUAAGACAGAGGUCCAUUUUUAGGUGCUUGAUUGACAUGCUCCGUCUUGUGUGAUUAACACACUGGCCAGUUACUAAUAAACAUAAGGAACUAUGUUGUUCAGAUUUUUCACUCAGUUAAUAUUUUCCUUUAAAUCCAUGUAGCAAUAUUAGUGCUCAAAUGUUAACAGUGCAUUUGGCUCUUUGGUGAUGUAUCUCCUCCAAUCAGCUUCCAGCUGUUAACCGCCUACUCCACCGCACUGCACAUAUUCUGACAAUGUUAACCUCCACCUGAAAAGAUGGUGUUGACCACAAAACCAUCACUGGCUUCAGUUAAGCUGUAAUAUAACAAUAACGGCCGUAGUGAACAUCAUCAGCUUUUAUGCCCAUCUUUAUAUACAGUCUUUAUACACACCCUUGUGGAACAGCUAAAAGCUGGAAAAGCUUUUGACUGGAAAGCAAGAAUUCUGGAAUGAAAGUAGACGACUUCAAUCCAAAGAUAAUGCUGACUGGCGUCUGACCCCUGACCCUGGAUACACUGUCAGUGACUCGUGGAAAUGAAGCAGUAGCAACCAUGCUACAAAAAAAAUAGUCCUAAUUUAAUAAACCUGUCACAACUAUUCUUUUUUUUUUCCUCCCCAAAACAUUCAGUUUGCCUUACUCCAAAAUAUACGGUUAAGGUAGGUCUACCACCUACGAUGGCUCAGACCUUUUUAGAUUACCAGGAUAAUUAAUACAUCAGUGUUGUCCAUCUAAAGAUUUUUGUUGGAGAUUUAGUUCAAUUUUAUUUAUAUAGCAUCAAACAACACUGUAAGGUAGACCCUACAAUAAUAAUGUCGGAUUAUUCACACAUAUAUCAGUUAUUACUGCUAGAAAUGGCCUUUUGCUGACCACAUAUUGGAAACUGAAAUACAGAAAACAAAUGCAACUAAAAAUUCAACUCAAAGUGCAAAAUGUACACCCCCACCCCCUGAUCAGAGGUCACAGAGGUCGCAGACUGCACUUAGAUGCUGUGUUAAUGCUUUGGGAAGUCUGAAUAUGCUGCUUAAAUCUCUGUGUUAUGAAUUCUGAGAUGUGUUGAAUGCACUCUGUGAGAACAGGAUGAAGGGUCAGCAUGUUUCUGUGUUGCUGUGAUACUGUAUUAUAACCUGGAUUACACUGUACUGUGCACUCAGUGAUCAGCCUGUAAUUUCAAGGAUUUGAGUCCACAUCCACACCUGGCUGCAGUUUUACUUUAAGUUUUGUUGUUUUUGCAUUUAAUUUUGUUUAGUUUUGGAAAUAAAUUGAAUUUAGAUUUCAGAUGUACUUCUGAGCUGGUGCAAAGGUCCGAUCUUCAGUGUGGAGUCACAGAUGUUUCCCUCAUACGUGUUAUUUAUGUGUAUUAGUUUGUUUGCAUCCACAUUCACUCAUUUAUUAUUGCCAAAUAAAGGUGUGGUGAUCUUAAAUAAAGCAUAACUCCUGA